GCGCCCCGGCUCCCCUCUCCCCCUCGCGGUGAUGUCAUCGGCGGCGGGGGCGGCGCCGCGCGGCCGCCGCAGGUUCAUGUGCAGCUCGCGGCCGGCGCUUGACAGGCGGCCAGGACGCACGCGGGGCCGCGCGAGCCGGGCGCGACCCUCCCCGCGGCCGGCCGGUCCCUGGGCGCGGGGGCGCGGGGGCCGGGGGGCGCAGCGGGCCGGGCCGCGGCCGCUCCGAGGGGAGGGCGCCCCGCGCGCGGCCGCGAUGAAUUCCGCCGAGCAGACCGUUACGUGGCUCAUCACCCUGGGCGUGCUCGAGUCGCCCAAGAAGACCAUCGCCGACCCCGAGGGCUUCCUGCAGGCGUCCCUGCGGGACGGGGUGGUGCUGUGCCGGCUGCUGGAGCGCCUGCUGCCCGGGGCCAUCGAGAGAGUGUACCCGGAGCCCCGGAGCGACAGCGAGUGUCUGAGCAACAUCCGCGAGUUCCUGCGCGGCUGCGGGGCCUCCCUGCGCCUGGAGACGUUCGAUGCCAAUGACCUGUACCAGGGGCAGAACUUUAACAAGGUUCUCAGUUCCUUAGUGACCCUCAAUAAAGUCACUGCAGACAUCGGCCUGGGGAGCGACUCGGUGUGCGCCCGGCCCUCGGCCCACCGCAUCAAGUCCUUCGACUCCCUGGGCUCACAGCCCCCGCACAGCCGGACUUCCCGACUCUUCCAGGGCCAGUACCGCAGCUUGGACAUGAGCGAGGCCGGUGGCAGCCAGCUGGUCGUGAGAGCCAAGUUCAGCUUCCAGCAGACCAAUGAGGACGAGCUGUCCUUCUCCAAGGGGGAUGUCAUCCACGUCACGCGUGUGGAGGAAGGAGGCUGGUGGGAGGGCACGCAUGGUGGCCGCACCGGCUGGUUCCCCAGCAACUACGUGCGCGAGGUCAAGCCAAGCGAAAAGCCCGUGUCGCCCAAGUCCGGGUCCCUGAAGAGCCCCCCCAAAGGCUUCGACACAACCGCCAUUAACAAAAGCUAUUACAACGUGGUGCUACAGAAUAUUCUGGAAACAGAGAAUGAAUAUUCUAAGGAACUUCAGACCGUGCUCGCCACCUACCUGCGGCCACUGCAGAACAGUGAGAAGUUGAGUCCGGCCAACAUGUCUGCCCUGACGGGGAACCUGGAGGAGAUCUCUGCCUUCCAGCUGCUGCUGGUCCAGUCCCUGGAGGAGUGCACCAAGUCGCCCGAAGCGCAGCAGAGGGUUGGCGGCUGCUUCCUGAGCCUGAUGCCGCAGAUGAAGACCUUGUACCUCGCGUACUGUGCCAACCACCCGUCCGCAGUGAACGUCCUCACGGAGCACAGUGAGGAGCUGGGGGAGUUCAUGGAGCUGGCGGGGGCCAGCAGCCCCGGGAUCCUGGUGCUGACCACCGGCCUGAGCAAGCCCUUCAUGCGCCUGGACAAGUACCCAGCGCUGCUCAAAGAGCUCGAGAGACACAUGGAGGACUAUCAUCCGGACAAGGCAGACAUCCAGAGGUCCAUGGCCAGCUUCAAAGCCCUCUCGGCGCAGUGCCAGGAGGUGCGGAAGAGGAAGGAGCUGGAGCUGCAGAUCCUGACUGAGGCCAUCCGCAGCUGGGAGGGGGACGACAUCAAGACCCUGGGCAGCGUCAUCCACAUGUCCCAGGUCCUGAUCCAGUGUGCCGGCAGCGAGGAGAAGAGCGAGCGGUACCUGCUGCUGUUCCCCAACAUCCUGCUGAUGCUGUCCGCCAGCCCGCGCAUGAGCGGCUUCAUCUACCAGGGGAAGCUGCCGACCACAGGAAUGACCGUCACGAAGCUCGAGGACGGGGAGAAUCACCGGAAUGCGUUUGAGAUAUCAGGGAGCAUGAUCGAGCGCAUCCUGGUGUCCUGCGGCAGCCAGCAGGACCUGCACGAGUGGGUGGAACACCUGCAGAGGCAGACCAAAGUCACGUCUGUGGGGACCCCAACCGUCAAGCCCCACUCGGUGCCAUCCCACACCCUCCCCUCGCACCCGGUCACCCCGUCCAGCAAGCACGCCGACAGCAAGCCCGUGCCGCUGGCGCCCGCCUACCACACGCUGCCCCACCCCUCCCACCACGGCACCCCCCACACCACCAUCAACUGGGGGCCCCUGGAGCCGCCGAAAACCCCCAAGCCAUGGAGCCUGAGCUGCCUGCGGCCCGCACCCCCACUCCGGCCCUCGGCCGCGCUCUGCUACAAGGAGGACCUUAGCAAGAGUCCCAAGACCAUGAAGAAGCUGCUGCCGAAACGCAAGCCUGAGCGGAAGCCGUCAGACGAGGAGUUCGCGCUGAGGAAGAGCACGGCCGCGCUGGAGGAGGACGCGCAGAUCCUGAAGGUCAUCGAGGCUUACUGCACCAGCGCCAAGACACGGCAGACGCUCAACUCCACAUGGCAAGGCACUGACCUGAUGCAUAACCACGUCUUGGCUGACGACGAGCAGCCCAGCCUAGACUCGGCGGGGCGCCGCAGUAGCCUUUCCCGCCUGGAGCCCUCAGACCUCUCGGAAGACUCUGACUAUGACAGUAUUUGGACAGCCCAUAGUUACAGGAUGGGUUCUGCAUCUCGCUCGCGCAAGGAGUCCGCGCCUCAGGUUCUGCUCCCGGAGGAGGAGAAGAUCAUCAUCGAGGAGAUCAAGAGCAACGGGCAGACAGUGAUGGAGGAAAAGAGCCUGGUGGACACGGUGUACGCGCUGAGGGACGAGGUCCAGGAGCUGAGACAGGACAACAAGAAGAUGAGGAAGUGCUUGGAGGAGGAGCAGCGGGCCCGCAAGGACCUGGAGAAGCUGGUGCGGAAGGUGCUGAAGACCGUGAGCGACCCCGCGUGGGACGAGACCAACCUCUGAGGGCCCCGGGCCGCGCAGCGGGACCCCUCCCCGCAGCGCCUCAGCCACGCGGUCCCGAGGUGGAGCCGCCGGCACCAGCGCCCACAUACCUCAUCCUGCCCAGCCCCCUCCCCACUUUUAUGAACCUUUAUAAAUAUCA